AUGAAUAAAAAUACACUAACAAAUAAUAUACACGAUAAGAAUUACAAAUACUCAAAGAAUAGAAAAGCAAGUAACGAUGAAAUGGCAUACAUUACAAAUGAAGAAAUAAAUAUGAACAAUUCUCAUAUUGGAAAAGAAAAAAAUGUUGACUGCAAUAAAGAUGGAACUAUAUUUAAAUUGGUUGAUAAAAAUAAUAAUGAUAUGUUAUUGAAAGAUGAAACGAAGGAAUUUACUUCUAAAAGCAGUAAUAAGGAUACAGUAUUUUUAGGUGAAAAGGGUAGUAGAUAUUUAGAAAAUACCAUAACAAAUAGGAUAGAUACACCAUUAAAUAGAAAAAACAUAAGUUCUAUAAAUAAUAAUAAUAAUAAUAAUAAUAAUAAUAAUAAUAAUAAUGGUGAUACUAUAAAUUUUAAAAAUCAAGUAGAUAAUAAUUCUAACAUUUAUAACACAGCAAUAUAUACAAACUAUGAUAAUGGACUAGGUACUAGGGAUGAUAUAUAUAAUAAUAGCUGCAUAAAUAAUAUUGAUAAUAGUAACAGUAGGAAUAUUACUAAUUAUAUUAUUAGGAGUAAUAAAAUUAUAAAGCGCAAGAAAAAUAAAAUUAUAUAUUAUAAUACUACUCACAAUAAUCGUGCUAUUACUCAAAAAGGAUAUGAUAUUCAAGAAAAAUAUAAUUCAUUAGACAUUGUUGAUAAGAACAAAACAGAAGGAGUAUAUAAUACUGAUGAAAUAAAUAUGGAAUGUAUUGAAAAUAAAUUGGAGGAUGGAUAUAAUAACACGAAUAUAUGGGAUAAGGUGAAUGUAUCUUUAUCUAACUGUAAACUGUCUGAAGGAGAAAAUGAAAAAAGAUCGGAGGAAAUUUAUUUAAAUAAUUUUGUUUCUGACAAAAAUGACAUGAAUAACACGUGGGAUAUAAACAACAUGAAUAAUAAUAUGAUGUAUUCAAAUAAUUUGGGAUGUGAGGAAAAGAAUUAUCUUGUACCUAAUGAAAAUCAUAAAAGAUGGACAGAUGAAUAUAAUAUAGAUGAAAUGUUUAUUAAAAAAAAUGAUAUUGAACAUAUAAACCCUGACAUAAUAAUAAACAAUUAUAAAAAUAAUAAUAUACAUAAGACAACGGAAAAUAUAGGCAAUAUUAAAAGUAAUAAUAAUUAUAUAAAUGAUAGGAGUACAAUUAAUGGCGAUAAGUUAAAAAAACUUACAAAUGAGAAUAUAUAUCAUAAUGAAUAUAAUAAAAAUAAAAGCGAUGAUAAUACCAAGUAUAAAAAUAAUAGGAACUAUAGGAACAAAUAUAUGAAUAGGAAAAAUAAUAAAAAUAAAACUAAAAAUAAUGCUAAUAAUAAUAAAAGUGAAUGUAUAAAUGAUGGAACGAAUUGUUCCCUAUAUGAUAGUAUCAAUAGUUAUAAUAUCAAUAAUAAUAAUAAUAAUAAUGUUGAAAAUGUCACAAAUAUAUUUAAAAAUACUCCGUUUUCUCAUAUUACUAUGAAUGAGAAUAAUAUCAGAGAAGAUACUUCUAAUAUUCCUGUUCAUACAAAUAAGUAUCUUUUAAUGCAAAAAAAUGUAAAUGACAUCAUUAAUUUUAAUAUAGCAAAAAAUAAUAGUACAAACGAAAAUAAUAUUCUAGUAGAUAAUAUGAAUGAUAAUUUAAAAGAAAAAAAUGAUAUGCCGGAUGAUAUAGAUAAAUUUCUUUUUAAUCAAAAUGAGAGCAUAUCAAUGGAUGGUACUAAAUAUAUCAUGAAUGAUUUAGAAAAAUGCAAAACAUGUAUGGAAGGUGAAAAAGAAAUAAAUGAUGUAAUUGAACAUAUAAGUGAAAAGGAAAAUAUUGAUACAAAAAAAAAAAAGUAUAGUAAUAAAAAAAAAAAUCAUUUACCUAAUUUGAAUAGUACAAUUCAUACCUUGAAAAAUAAUAUAUAUCAUAAUGUAGACCAAAAGGAUGAGGAGAAAUUGGGGUCUAAUAUAAUUAAUAAUACGAAUAGUGAUAUUAAUAAUAAUAAAAUGGAUGAAAAUGAACAUAAUAAUGGUAAUGGUAACAGUAAUGAUAAUGAUAAUGGUAAUGGUAAUGGAAAUAUUUUAGGUGUACAUAUUUCACAGCAUAAUAAUUUAAUAAAUAAUAUGAAUUCUAUUAUAUCAAAUGAGUACACAUAUAUGAAUGAACCGAAGGAUGAGAAUAAUAAUGUACCUUAUAAUUAUAAUGUGAGAAAUAUAGAGGAUAGUUCUUCUUGUAGGAAUAACAUAAAUAAUGUAAAUUUAUUUGGGAAUAAAACAUAUAUAAAUGUACCAAAUAAUAUUGUAACAAAAAUGUUUAAUGAUACAAAUAGGUCUACUACUAAUAAUAAGAAUAAUAUGAAUAAUAUAUCUCAGAUAUAUGAAAAUAAUCCAAGUUUAAACAAUUCCCUGGUUAUUACAAAAACGAAUAUGCAAGAUAGUAUAAAUAGUAAUAUGAACAUUAUACAUAAUAAUAAUAAUAAUAAUAAUAAUAAUGGCGUAUAUUUUUUUAAUGGUGGAAAUAAUUGUGUUAAUGUCAAUUGUACAAAGAAUACAUCAAAUGAAAAAGAUGUUUUUAAUAGUAGCGUUUCAAAAAAAACAUUAAAUGAAAAUAUGAGUAUUGAGAGACCAGUUAUAUUAAAUAAUUCACAAAUGUUGGAAGCAUUUAUUCAAGGAAGAUUAUGUUUAAGUUGUGAUUCCUUAGAUCACCCUAUGCCAUUAUGUCCGAAUAAUUCUUUUGUAUGUCCUAAUUGUCAUAACGUUUCACAUAGAGGAAAUGAUUGUCCUAUGAAAUGCCGUUUUUGUUUAAAAUAUCAUAUGGGUAUUUCUAUAAUGGACUGUUUAAAAAAAGCAAGGAUACAAACGGAGAAGAAUAAUUCUAAUCAUGAUAAGAAGGAUAAUCAUAAUAGUAGCUGUAGUACUAGUAAUAAUAAUAUGAAUAAAAUUAACAAAAAUUCAAAAAGUAAUGAUGAAAAAGUUAACAUCGGUCCCCGAUUUGAUAUUAGUACAAGACCAGAUAAUUCAUAUGGUAGAAGUGUUUAUGUAUCUAACUUAAGUGAAGACAUUUCGAAUAUACAAUUAAGAGAUACUAUUAAUUUACAUCUAGAUAAUGGGUUUGUAGUAAAUAUUGACAGACAAGAUGGAUAUGCCUUUGUGGAGUUGUCAAAUUUAUAUUCUACAUUUCAAUUAGUGCAAAAAACUGUUAGUAUCAAUUUUAAGAAAUUAAAAAUCCAAUUCAAAAAAACUGGGCAGUUUUUAAUACCAGAUAAUCUUUCACAAAGUUUUGGAAAUAUGAAAAAUUUUAAUAUCAACAUUAAUAUGAAUAGUACGAAUAACCACAAUAAUAAUAAUAAUAAUUAUAAUAAUAAUAAUUAUAACAAUAACAAUAAUAAUAACAGUAAUAAUAACAAUAAUAAUAACAAUAAUAAUAACUGUAACAAUAAUAAUUAUAAUAUAGUCGAAUAUAACAAUAAAAAACCUUUAACUGGACCCAGUAAUACACUUUCAAAAAAUAUACCAAAUCAUAUGAUAAAUAAAAGCUUGUCGAACAAAGGUACAACCUUUUUAAAUAUUCCACCUAAUAGGAGCAGGCAAUAUAAUAAUAGAAGUGCGAACAAUAAGGGUAAUAUGGGAGCAAACAAACAAUACAAUAACAAGAAUAAUAAUAAUAAUAAUAAUAAAAAGAAAACUAAUUCUAAUGUAAAUAUUAAUCAUACUAAUAAAAGUAACCAAAUCAACAAUAUAAUUAAUAAUAAUAAUAUUAAUAAUAAUAAUAAUAAUAAUAAUAAUAUAAAUAAUAUUAAUAGUAAUAAUAAUUUUAAUCAAUAUUGCAGUAAUAAUAUUAUGACUGUGGAAAAUUCUAACACAGGAAAAUUUACAAACACACAUUUAUUUAAUGGAGAUACAUUCCUUGAAAAUAAAAAUAAAAAUAUUUACAAAUCUUUUCAUCCAAAAUAUUCAAAGAAUACACCACAUUUAUUCAAUAAUCAACAAAAACUAUUCCAUGCAACAGAAUUACAAAAAGUACAUCAAAAUUCAAUCGAACCACGUGAAGAAGUCAAGAAAAAUGACAUUAAGGAAAAUAUAAAAAAAAAUUAUGCUUGUAGCAAUUCAUUUGACAAUGAGAUCAAUAAAUAUCAUAUUCCCCAAAAGGAGAAUAACAAAAUGUUAACAGAAAAUAAUUACCAGAAAAAUAGGAAUUCAUACAAUGUUAAUACAAUAAUGUUAGAUCAGAAUAAAAAGUGUAAAGAUAAUAAUUUAUUUGGUUCUGUAGAAUAUAAGAUUAACAUGGAGAAUAAAAAUAAUUUUUCUAAUGAAUGUAAUAAUUCAUAUGAUCAUAAUUUUAUAUAUAAUUAUAAUUUUUCGAAUGAUAAUAAAUUACCAUAUAAAUGUAGUACCUCUAAUAAUUAUAAUUGCCCUAAUAAUAAUAAUUCUCAAAAUGAUUACAACACAACGUAUAACCAUGGAUUGUCAAAGGUUAAUGAAAAUACUGAUAAUUCUUCUAUCGAUAUUCCCUUUAGAAACCAUGAUAAUAAGAUAAUAAGUGAUUAUAUGAAUUCAAAUACGAACACAACAGCCUCAGGAUUUUGUCCAAACACUUUAUUUAGAAGCAAUGACAUAAGUAAUAAAUUAAUGAAUCAAGAAGUUAAUAUAUAUAUGAAUAUAUCGAAUGAAGAAAAUCGACAAAUAAAUAAAAGUAUGAGAAAUGAAACAAACAAAACUACUGCAACUAUUACUACAACUUCUGAUAAUAUCAUGAAUGCAUCUUUUUUUAAUACUAUGUUGUAUGUUAAGGAUGAUUAUGUUGAUAAAUGUGAUGAAGGAAAUAAUAGCACCAACUGGAUAGGAUAUCCUGAAAAUGCGAUAAACAAUAAUAGUAAUGAUAAUAUAAAUAUAAUAAAUAGUAAGAAUAAUAUGGAUAAUAUGAACAAUAUUAUUUAUAAAAAUCCUCCAAGGAAUUAUAUGAAUAAUGAAAUUAUUGUUAAUACUUUAAAUACUUUUCCUCAUGAGAAUAAAAACAUAUCUCCAAAAUAUAUAAACGAAAAAGAAAAUGAUGAAUUUGAAUAUAAUACUCAUUUGAAUAUUAAAAGUAUUCUAGAUGAUGCGAUAGAAAUUAAUCAAAACACAAUAGAUUAUGAUCAAUACAAUUAUUAUGAUAAUAUCCCAAGUUUUAAUAAUAACGAUAAUAACAUUGACAAAUAUACAAUUCAAAAUAAUGUGGACCAAAAUGCGGUUACAAAUUAUAAUACAUCAAAUUAUAAUAUACAGAUGAAAGAAGAAAAUAAUUAUAAAGAAAAUGAUUUAUUAUAUUAUACUAAUUUUGAUAAAACAAAUAUUAAAAAUGAGGAACACAUAUAUAUAAAUAAAAAUAUUUGGAAAGAUAAAUUUGAUAAUUGCUAUAAUAUAUGUAAUGAUAUGUUUUUUGGAAAUAAUGACAUUUAUGACAUCUUUUCGAAUUUUAAUUCACUCAAAAUGUAUGAAAAUAAUAUAGCAAAUGAUAAUAUUAUGGAAAAUAUAGGAAAGCAUGUAAAUAUUGAUAAUAUUAUGAAUGAAACUACUAUGGAUCAUAUAGAAAAUGACGGCACUAUAGAUCCUAUAGAGAAUGAUGUUACUAUAGAUCAUACGGAUAAUAAUGGCGAAGAUAAUAAUAUCGCAUAUAAUGACACGUAUAUUUUCAACAAUAAUAUAAGAUUCAAUAAUACAAGGUUAAAUAAUGACACAUUCCAAAAUGUAGAAGAUUGGAAUAAAAACAAAUUAUCUGAUAUAUUGAAAAAAAAUGAGAAUAUAAUGUUUGAUGAUAAUAAAGAUAUGACAAAUGAAAAUGAACAAAAUAAAAAGGACAUAGAUGAUCUUGAAAUUUUAAAUAUUCCUUAUAUGAAAAAUAUGAAGGAUAAAGAAUUGGACGCAAUCGAGCAGGAUUUAGAAAGACACAUCAAAGCGUUAUGGAAUAUAAGAAAAAUUAAGAUAGUCAAAUCUUAUGAUGUUCAAAAAUAA